ACACUCCGACGCGAAGAAAUCUCGCGGUCGAAAAACCCACAAGCUCGGCACCUGCAAAAGAGCAAUGUUCUUCGAUUCCUCAGCUCGACUCGGGGGUCAUUAGAGAGUUGUGGGUGUUGCUCAAUUCGUGGCGAUUGAUCUGAGAGAAGAUGUUGGGUCGAUCUGCAUUUUCCAGGACCGGUGGCUUUCGUCCGGAGAACUUAGGGCAGAAUGCCCUGAGCUUGAUCGGGAACAUUGGGUUCUCGUUGUUUGUCGUCGGAGUCUUGGUUUUCACCAUUAUCGCAGCUACCUAUGAGCCGGAGGAUCCGCUUUUCCACCCAUCUAACAAGAUCACAACUUUCCUCACAUCCACAUCCAACGCCACACUGAAAGCCGACGACACUGUCGUUAAGACAGGCGAAGAUUUCAUGGCGGCGAACCAAACUGCUUUCGCCGCUUUCAUCAACAUUACAGAUGUGGAGAACACAGACAACGGUUCCGACACUAACCAGUUGGACUGUGAAGUCAAUAAUAGCAGCUCCAUUGAUUGCAAAGAUCCAGAGAUUUUCCAUUUGAUGAUGAAAGCUACCAUAGAGAAGUUCAAGGACAUUCACUUUUACAAGUUUGGGAAACCGAUUUCCGGGGAAGGCGAUAUUACCUGUGAUAUGGCUUGGCGUUAUAGGCCUAAGGACGGGAAGACAGCUGCAUUCUACAAGGAUUAUCGUAGGUUUGUGGUAGAGAAGUCUGAGAAUUGUACAUUCAGUGUGGCGAGUAUCGGAGAUUAUCACUCGGGUGUGAAUGCGAGGAAGCGGAAGAAGAACCAGAAACCCGGGUUCGAAAAGAAUGGAAAGAAAAGUGACGAUUUUUCUUUACCGGUGGUUGGUGAACAAGUGAAUGAUUCCCUUCCCGUUAUUGAGUCGGAGAAUGCGUUUAAACGGGGUAAGUACUUGAUCUAUGUGGGCGGAGGAGACAGGUGCAAGAGCAUGAAUCACUACUUGUGGAGUUUCUUGUGUGCAUUAGGUGAAGCUCAAUACUUGAACCGGACAUUGGUGAUGGAUCUGACCCUAUGCCUGUCUUCGAUAUACACUUCAUCUGGACAAAACGAGGAAGGAAAGGACUUUAGGUUUUACUUUGAUUUCGAGCACUUGAAAGAGGCUGCCUCAGUCUUGGAUCAAGUUCAGUUCUGGUCGGAUUGGGAAAAAUGGCAUAAGAAGAAUGGGUUAGGCCUUCAUCUCGUGGAGGACUUCAGGCUCACGCCCAUGAAGCUUUCCAACGUGAAAGAGACAUUGAUAAUGAGGAAGUUCGGGUCAGUAGAACCGGAUAACUAUUGGUACAGAGUUUGUGAAGGUGAAACAGAAUCUGCUGUACAAAGACCAUGGCAUCUAGUGUGGAAAUCAAGAAGGUUGAUGGAACUAGUCUCUGCGAUUGCAUCGAAGUUGAAUUGGGAUUAUGAUGCUGUCCAUAUCGAAAGAGGAGAUAAGGUGAUAAACAAAGAUCUUUGGCCUAACCUUGACAAGGACACUUCCCCGAGUGCCCUCUUGUCGAGCUUACAGGACAAGAUCGAAGAAGGAAGGAAUGUCUAUAUAGCGACAAAUGAACAAGACAUAUCGAUAUUCGACCCCUUGAAAGACAAAUACGCUACUCAUUUUCUUGACGAGUACAAAAAUCUAUGGGAUGAGGGCAGUGAAUGGUAUUCGGACACGAUGAAGCUUAAUGGGGGAAACCCUGUUGAGUUCGACGGUUACAUGAGAGCUUCUGUAGAUACAGAAGUGUUCUUGAGAGGGAAGAGGCAGAUUGAAACUUUUAAUGAUCUUACCAAUGACUGCAAAGAUGGAGCCGGCACUUGCAACGCUGCAUCUAGCUAAUCUGUCUCUCUUGCUACCCCUGUAACUGAAUUUCAGGUUCCAUCUCCAAUCCUCUUCUUACAGGUUCCAUGUUUGUUUGUUGUGUCAUAGAAUAGUUCCACUUGUGUUCCCUGUCUUGUCCAUGUUGGAUAGCUUUCCAUGUUCCAUUUUCCUUGUUCUGUUGUGUUCUUUAAUGAAUCUUUGCACUUUCUUC